AUGGACCAGGCUUUCGUGGCCACGGGCCAGGACCUGAUCGAGGCCCACGAGCGCCUCUGGAAGCUGUUCCGCACCGUCACCGAGCAGCUCGUCGAGUGGCGCUGCCUCGCCUUCGCCAAGUUCAGCGCAGGCCUGGCGCUGGAGCGAGCGGCGGAGUGGCAGAGGGAGGCGUCCCGCCUGGAGGAGCGCCUGCCGGACGCGCACCCCGUGCUGCAGGCGUGCACGCGGGCCAUUGGCGCCUUCCAGCAGGUGCUGCCCCUGCUGCAGGCGCUGGGCAGCCCCCUCCUGACGGCUGCCUGCUGGAGGGAGAUCUUCGCAGCGAUGGGCGUGAAGUGCCCGGCCAUCGCGCAGCUCACGCUGGGACAGCUGCUCUCCUACCCGCUGCUGGAGCACCGUGACCCCAUCUUCAAGGUGUGGUCGAACGAGCGGGGGCGCUGGCACACGACGGACACGCUGCGCCGGCUGCAGAAGACCUGGGCCGAGAAGCAGCUGCGCGUGGUCAACUUCAUCCUGCACGUGCCCUACCAGGCGCCCGAGCACGCCCACCGCCCCCGGGAGCCCGCCCGCGUGGAGCACGUCCCCAAGGAUAGUGGCACCUUCGUGCUGUCCGACACGACGGAGCUCAGAGCCCUGGCAGAGAAGAGCCUGCUCAGGCUGCAGAGCAUCGUCCUCUCGCCCCACGCCACUGACGUCCGCGACGAGGCCGAGACCUUGGCCACCACCCUGCAGACCUUCGACACGACGGAGCUCAGAGCCCUGGCAGAGAAGAGCCUGCUCAGGCUGCAGAGCAUCGUCCUCUCGCCCCACGCCACUGACGUCCGCGACGAGGCCGAGACCUUGGCCACCACCCUGCAGACCUUCGGUGAGAGCCGCGGGGCUGGGCUGCUCAAGUACCGUGUGGCCCUACCGCCGGCGCAGGCCCCGGGGCCAGCCUGGGCAGGCGAAGCACCAGGCUGCUGGGCCGAGGUCCUGGACCAGCGCCUGCACUACGACUACGAGUACGUGGGGCCCGCGGCCCGACCCGUGGGGGGCCCGCAGCUGGAGCGCAGCUUCCUGGGGCUGCUGCUGGCCCUGGAUGAGUUUCGCUGCGCGUGCCUGCUGCUGGAGGAGCUGGACCAGCUGGCGCCUGGCGUGCUGGCGGGCUUCGGCCAGCUGACCGCCGACCUGCAGGCCUUGUGCUUGGCGCUGCGCGAGGGGCCAUGCUCGGUUGAGGAGGAUGAGGACCUGGAGGAAGAGGCGGAGGAAAAGGAGGAGGAGAAGGGCACCAGUCCCGAGGACACGCCGGAGGCGCUGGCCCUGCCCGAGCUGGGUGUAGACGAAGCGCAGCCCUUCCAGCCCCGCAUCCUGGGCCACAUCCUCUUCGGCGACCGCCUGCUGCGGGUGCGUGAGACCUUCGGGUGCCUGGCCACGCUGCGGCAAGUGCCCGCAACCAUGCGCCUGGCGCUGCGCCCCGUGGCCCUGCUGCCCCCUGACGUGCAGGCCGUGGCCGAGCUGGCCCUGCUGGCCGCUGGCUUCCGCGAAGCCUCGCGCUUGGCCCACAAGCUUGCCACCUUCUUCCGGCUGGAGGGGGAGCUGGGCCCGGGCCCUGGCCCCAGCCGCCUGGCCCUGCUCAAGGGC